UUUCGGUCUAAAUUCCAAAGCAACGCUCCUGUUGUUUCAAGCAAAAAAGAAAAGAAAAGAAAAACAAUACAUUAAACAAGAUUAUCGUCCAAGGAAGAAAGAGAUGGAGGAGGCACAACAGGAUCAGCACAACAAAUCUAGAGUUGUGAACGUUGACUCCGUUCAAUCCUGGGAUUUCUAUUUCGACCAAGCUACAAAUCAAGGCUGCCCUAUUGUUGUACACUUCACUGCUUCAUGGUGUAUGCCUUCGGUGGCCAUGAACCCUUUCUUCGAAGAACUGGCCUCAACUUUCCAACAAGUUCUAUUCCUCACUGUCGAUGUUGACGAUGUUAAGGAGGUAGCGAAGAGGAUGGAGAUAAAGGCCAUGCCGACGUUUUUGUUGAUGAGGGGAGGUGCUGUGGUGGACAAGUUCGUUGGUUGGAAUCCGGAAGAGAUGAGGAAGAGGGUUGAUGGGUUUGUGCAAUCCAUGGGUGUUGAUGCUGCAUAGUACCAGUGGUUGUGGUCUUAUACGUUAUUGAACAUGUAAAACGUUUGGUGGUGGGUUUAAAGAAAGUAGUCAAGUUGAGUUUAUAAA